AUGGCACCCCGGGGCAGUGUGGGACAGGCCGGACGCCCAGGAGCGCCGGGACACCGGGGACAAGCUGGCUUGCCAGGCCAGCCGGGAAGCAAAGGUGGCCCGGGAGACAAGGGUGAAGUGGGUGCCCGUGGCCAGCCUGGUGUCACCGGUGCCCCAGGGCAGCUUGGGGAGCCCGGCCCUCGGGGCGAGCAGGGCCCAGAGGGUGUCCCUGGGCUGAAGGGCGACCGGGGCGAGCGUGGCCUCGUGGGGCCCCCGGGGGAGCAGGGCAGAGUGGGGCCGAAGGGCGAGCAGGGCCAUCCAGGGAUCCCAGGACCCCAAGGCUUGCCGGGAGUCAAAGGAGACAAGGGCUCCCCAGGGAAAACUGGCCCCAAAGGCAGCGUUGGAGACCCCGGUGUCCACGGCCUCGCGGGGCUGAAGGGAGAGAAGGGUGAAUCCGGAGAGCCGGGACCAAAGGGACAGCAAGGCAUCCAGGGUGACCUGGGCUUCCCUGGCCCCUCGGGGGACGCAGGAGCACCGGGGGUGAGGGGCUACCCAGGCCCCCCCGGCCCACGGGGGCUGGUGGGGGAGCGUGGAGUGCCAGGGAUGCCCGGCCAGAGGGGCCUGGCGGGCCGGGACGCCGGGGACCAGCACAUCGUUGACGUGGUGCUGAAGAUGCUGCAAGAGCAGCUGGCAGAGGUCGCCGUCAGUGCCAAGAGAGCUGCCCUGGGGGGAGUCGGUGCCAUGGGACCCCCUGGGCCCCCUGGUCCCCCAGGGCCUCCCGGUGAGCAGGGCCCACACGGCCCCAUGGGACCCCGAGGUGUCCCUGGGAUCCUGGGAGCCCCCGGGCAGAUCGGGAACGUGGGACCUAAAGGGAAGCGAGGAGAGAAGGGUGAGCGGGGGGAAGUUGGCCGCGGCCACCCGGGAAUGCCGGGUCCUCCAGGGAUCCCAGGUCUCCCCGGCAUUCCCGGCCAUGCUCUGGAUGGCAAAGCGGGCGAGCGGGGCCUGCCGGGCGCCCCGGGAGAGGCUGGAAAACCGGGAUUACCCGGUCCCACGGGAUUGCCCGGGUUCUGUGAGCCAGCUGCCUGCCUGGGAGCCUCUGCCUAUGCCGCUGCCCGCCUGGCAGAGCCGGGCACCGUCAAGGGCCCCCUGUACUGAGGGGCAGCACCAGCCCAGAGACCACGACACUGCAAACCCCCAGGGAGACACCUCCAGCCCUCCCAGGAGCAGCCAGAGUGGGAAGCACAUCCCUGGGAAUUCAAUCUGGGGUGGGAAGAACCUCAAUCCCAUGAUUUGGAGGAUAAAGAGCUGCCUCAAGUGCCACCCUUGGGGUUCGUUCCCUGUGCCCUGUCCCCAAAGAAAUAAAUUGUCUUUUCUACAAACCCUCUUGCUCUGUUAUGUCCUGCUUGGUGCUGAAUGGGCUCAUU